UAAUCUCUACGCUUCUCUCUCUGCAAUUACUCCUUGAGAGCAUCUCUCUCUAGAAUACUAGCAGAGUUUACAAUGGGUUACUUCUGUUCAUUUAGAUCAAUAGGAGUGGUCAAUUCAGCUAAACUGAUUCAUAUGCUUGAUGCCAUGGAGAGAUCGUGUUCUUCCGGUCCCUUGCAGGAAAAAUGCAGCCUGAAUAUCAAAUUCACAGAGCGUAACCUGUCCUUGGAUGUUUUGUUGGAUGAAUCCAAAAAAAAAGUCUGCUCCUUUAUUUUAGAUAAGAGAGAUGAAAUGCCUACCAAUUUUACAAUGAUUUUUAGUUGCCGAAACAAGAUUUUACUUAUGGAAGGAAUCGACCUGAGGAAACUCCUGAAUCAAAUCCCAGGUGGCUUAGAUGCUGCUAAUAAUUUCAGUACACUGACUAUUGAUUUCCUCGUGGCCGACACAGAUAAAGAAGCUUCAGUUAGUAGUACAGACAAUGAGCUAUUCAUAACACUGAAAGUAAAACAACACCCUGUUCUGCCUAGCGAUAGAGAUCCUGUAGGAAUAUUUCCCACAAGUGUCGUUAUUCCUUCUGAGGUACUAUACCCUGUUUUGAGGCGGUUCACAGGAGAGCUUGAACAACUUGUUGGUCACACCUUGAGUGUUGAGGCAGAAAAUGGUCGGCUACUUCUAAGUAUCAGUGGAUCUGGGCAUAGAGAGCAACUGGAUGGAGGAAAUGGUAUUCAGGUACAAGGACAACAGCUAGUUUCAGCAACUUAUGACUUGUACAAGGUGUGGUGGUAUCUGACAAGCAUGCUUAGAAGAGAGCACGGCGUAGUUCUUGUGAACGUAGAUGCAGUGUUCAUGUCGAACACUAGAGAACAUAAGUUAUCCUUCAAGGUGAGGUCGGAAAGUGGAGAAGCAUUGGGAACUUUGAUCGUAUAUUAGGAUUUGCACUGGUUUCUGAAGUCAGUCAGGUACAUUGAUCCUUUUAAACAUCUCAUACUAGUUGCAAAAGGCCAAAACUAUUAAACUUGAAUUUGAAAUUUGGUGGAAAAAUAAUUCAUGUUGUGUGGUCCGUUUUUUUUUUUUGGUUAGUUCUGAUGCAUAUCUCUUUGAUUUUUCUGUUUGAAUUUAGCAAAGUAGACCACAUUUUAUUUUAAUUUUGCUAUUAUUGUUCUUAAGAAAUUAAGAGCCAUGUA